GGUAAAUCAAGCAACUAUUGCUUGUUCUGUUUCUUCUGUGUCUGGAUGCUGGCAUGCCACUGGACCAUACGAAGUUCAAUGCCAGAAGACAGGAACUAUGGAGAGAGUGCAUAAUAUUUUUGGACAACUUGGAAAUCUGGCAUGGGUCUGAUGUUACAAGAUCUGUUCUCUGCAGCUCUGAUGACAGAGGAGCUUCAGAUCUGAAUUCAGGAAAAAUGCAGACUGAGAUGCAAUACUGUUUUGGAAAACAAACAAAGUAUAUGAAAGCCAUCCAGAAUUUGACUCUGAAGAUAUUAAACAUUACAUGCAUGUUCAGAUUUUGUUAGCAGGAAGAGUAUUAGAAAUCAACAAUGCAUGCGCAAUGUGCUGUUUAUACAGAUUAAUUCUUGGGUACAAAUAUAAAAGCCAGUGUACUGCCCUUUAAACUGCAUUGUUCUUCUUAAAAGGUAGGAGUUGAAGUGCUGUACAAGAGUGUGCAGAUGCUGGAGGUGUGGUCUCUAGAGUGAACACUGAGUCUAACUUAGUCAUGUUUGGAUACGUUACUUAUGGGCUGAAAAUGUGGUGUUGCUGUUUUCUGGAGGGAUGUAAGGGACAGAUCCAGAGCCUGUUUGGGUUCUACAGAAGACUUUCAAUAGAAUAUCACAGUCUUUUUGACCAGAUACUUAUCUGAAGAUAUGCAAUUUUUUUCUGUCUCUCUACCGUCUUCAGAGUGGAUUAAUUGCUGUCUAAAAACAGGGCCAGUGUUCUGUUACUUGUAGGCUUCACAAUAAAUCACGAGGUUGAAAUCCUUAUAAAUACUAAGCAUUUUUGCUCUCAGUAGGUCAAACUGAAAAAUUUUAAAGGGUGCUUACAAGUGUGGGACUGGGGGAAAAGUGUCAUCAAGAAAGGUGCACCAGUUCUGGUCCCAUAAAUGUGGCUUUGAAAUACAUAAUUUGCAACUCCAGCUGAGGUUAGGUUGGGUCCUUAAAUAGCCUAUGAAAUGUUGGUGCUCUCUUCUGUCAUCCCUUGCCUCACCUAAGGGACCUUGGUGUUCCCUUGGCAGUAUAUUUUAAGAUUUUUUUACAUUGCUACUUUACACUUCAUUGUAAGUGAAAGCUUAGUCUAAUUUAUCCUUGGAAGUUAACUGAUCCUUUUGCAAUGUUUAUGAAUUUCCACUGGAUAAGGCAUUCUGAUGCUGGUUUGUGGCUUACUCUUUAUUUACAUAUAUAGUAUUUGUCUUGUAUAUGGUAUAGUCCCAUGCAAUGUCAGGGGAAGAUUCCCUACUUGUCCUGACAGCCAGGAAUUAAGAGCACUCCUAUUUACAUAAGUAUAUAUAUAUUAGAUAAAAUAACCAUUUUGGAGAGCUGUGUCGGGGUAAAACAAGAUGAGAAAGGGCAGGUCCUGCUUUAGGCAGUCAUGCAGACACGGCCCUGUGCGUUACCUUUGAAUAAUGCUGGAAGAAACAACAACAACUUUUGCCUGCAAUUACAACUAUGACUUCCCUUGCCGAACAUUUCUGUCUUAGUGUGUCUUUCAUCUUUCUACACAGGAGACUUUUAGUAAAAGUUUUCUGCUGUGGAGAACAGGGUCUAAUGGUGGUUUAUUAUCAUAGUUUUCCUUGGGUGGUGUAAAGUUUACCUGACUGAUGAGAACUAUGUAUUUUGACAAACUCUGUAACUGCAAAACUGUUAAUUUUAAGCUUUUUAUGUAUUUGCACUGCUAAUUCCAAUCACAGAUUUUAAGAAGUAUUUAACAAAAACUUCAGAGUAUUUAAUGUUUUUGUUUAAUCAUAUCUGUUUUGUCUGUUGUCUUAGAAAAUGUUAUGUCAAUGAGUAACUGUUGCAUUAUUGUAUUAACUUUUCAUGCAAAUUCUUCUUUGGCAUUGUGGGUGCUGUUUUGCAUGGGGAGCAUCUGCUAUAAACUUCAUUCUUUCAGUCUCUUUGUUUGAAGAUUCAAACAAGCUUAUAUAUAGUUUUUAAAUUAUUACGUUCCAGUCCUGUUGCAGGUGCCAGUUGUUACUCUAAUCCUGAGAGAAAUGGCUUAAAAGGCUUUGCAGAAUAAGCUGUAAGGGCCUACGCCUUAAAGUUAUGAAGAGAUGAUGCCAGGAAGCGGUGGCAUGUGGAUGACGACAGGAUCAUGAAAGGACACGCUCAACUGAAAAGAGAAUCUGGAAGUCUGAAUGGACCAGGAAAAAGUGUCAAAUGUGUGGACUUGCUCAACCAAAAUCAGAGAGUUUAAACAAAGAAAACAUAAUGACAACUCAUGAAGACGAGAAAAGUUCAAAUUGAGGCAUGAGGGGAGAGGUUUUUUGAGAGCCAGAAGAUAGCAAUUAAAAAAUACUGAAUAUCAGCCUGUCCCCAAGGAAUAAUGGGAGGCAGCCUUGCUCCGUGUCACUCAUGGUUGUCAAGCCAGCAAAGAUGUGUGAUGUGCCUAUGUCAAGGGAGUACUAUUCAGGACUGCACAAUUCACUAUGCUCUGACAAUGUCUGUACAGGCAUCUAGCAACUUGGUCCUCUCUCGAAUUGUCUGACCUUGUACUUGGGCCUUCCAGCAGACUUAGCAGGUCACUGGGUUCAAGACCACACUGUGGAUGCAGGAUAGAUGCAUGGUAUGAGAAAAGGACUGGAGAAGAUCAUUUCCAAAGGUGCUCAAAAUACAAGUGCACACAGCUGAUGAGGCAAACCUAGGCAGCAGAGAGAGAAUAAGAUUCACUGUGAGCAUCUCAAAAGGAAGAAUAAAGAUGCAGAGGAUCGUCUAGAAUUGUACCCCCAUCAGUGUGUUGAGAUGGAAAGGUGUGAAAGUAAAGAGCUUGAUGUUGAAAUAAGAAACCUGAUAGAGAAGAAUAACACUUACCAGUUGUGUGAGGAGCCCGAGCCUAUUGCCCAAGAGAGUCCAGACCGUCAGAGAACUUUGUGUUCCCUUAAGACUCGUAGUGAAGCAAAUGCUCAAGGCCAUCUUGGAUGUGCAUGGGAAGGUAUGAGUGACAUGGAAGCCCCAGCAGAUCCACUAAAUUCAAGGCACAUAUUACUGACCAAAAAGAAGACUAAAUCAGCCAGCUCUCUUGAACAACAGAUCCUCUCACUGGAAAGACAGAGGCGAGAGCUGCUGGAGGUGAACAAGCAAUGGGAUCAUCAAUUCAGACGUAUGAAACAGCUUUAUGAAAAACAGCUGGCAGAAAUGAAAGCAAAACUGGAUGUGUCAGAGAGGAGAGUCAGUGAGCUGGAAGAAGAGAGGCAUCGGCAGCAUCCAGAAGAUGAGAGAUUGCAAGCCCUGGGCAGGGAGAGACCAUUGCAGGAGAUGAAAGAAACAAAAGUCCUUAGUGAAGCUCUCCAUGAAAUGAAGGAAGAGAACAAGCUCCUGAAGCAGAAGAAUGCCUCAAUGGUCAGAAAGAAAGAACACUAUGAGUGUGAAAUAAGUCGUCUCAAUAAGGCCCUUCGAGAUGUGUUGAAAAAGCAGCACUCACCUGUUCCUGGGACUUCUUCAGAGAAAGGUGACAGGAACAGCAUUGAGGACAUGAAAACCCAAGUUGAAGUUCUCAGACAGCAGGUACAAAUAUAUGAAGAAGACUUCAGGAAGGAGAGAUCUGACAGAGAAAGACUUAAUGAGGAGAAAGAAGCUUUGCAGAAAACUAACGAGAGAUUACAGUCUCAACUGAAUAAACUAAACUCUCAGACAAAAGACCUCCCAAUACAGUCUGAGAGGCCCAGCUACCCACCUCCCCUCUUUCUCUCACCAUGUGUUAAUUAUGGAAGUUGUGGGUUGGUUCUUCACUAUCCAGAUCCUCGAGCACACUCAGCAUCUUGCAGCGCACAUGAACAGCAACAGCACUCACCAGACUAUCAGUGGUAUGUUCCUGACCAGUUUCCGCCAGAUGUACAGCACAAGGCAAAUGAUUCAUCCUUGGAUAAGAGAGCCCAUCGCUGACAGCCUAUGACCUGGAGAAGUGUAGACCAAAGGCUGCAAGCUAGUCUUGCAACUUCAUUAUUCUGUUUUGUUCUGAGGCUUUUUUGCCCCUAGCUCCUUAUCUCCUCAGUGCAUGUUAUUUAUGCCUGGUGAAAUCCCUGCGAGGACAAUAGAAAAGCAGAUCGUACAGGCUGGUGAUCCUCAGAAUCCAGUUAAACUCUGCUGGGAAGCAUUAUUGCCCUUUGUUCUGAAGAUGCUGUGUGUGCUGCCUAUGAGAAUCUGUUAAAAAGCCUUAUGAGAGAAGAUACAGCUAUUGCUGGGGAAGCAGAGACAGUCACAUUUGGUUUGAAUUAAAGAGCUUAUAAGCCAAAUAAUGUGAUUUUUUGUUUGUUUGUUUGUUUGAGAGUUACAGUCUUCUUUAUUUGAUUCCAGGGAAUAAUUUGUUUAUAUACCAUCUUGAAUUCUGUCCUCUUUUUCUUGAUUCUUUGGUAGAAGGGAAAUCUGCUUCACUGUUUUAACAUAUUCCUGUAAUUGUAAGCAGGGCACUGCUGAUGCCAGGCCAGGUGGAAGGAACCUGUUCCCCUUUUUGAGUCAGGGCCAGCCCUCCUUUUGUUUUGGCUCCAGAAGAAAUCUAAUCAUUUUUUUCUGUGUAUGCUUGUUUGGAUCAGAAGAAUCUGAAUACAUAUAUUUAAUGGGUUUAACUUCGUAGUGAAAAUGGCUUUAUAUUUCCAAAUUAUUCUUGUAAUGCAUCUGAACAUCAUCGUGUAACCUCUAACCUGAGAAUAAAACCUGGCUUUUUAAAUGAAAU